AUGAGCCACACUCUAGAGAUCUUCGAAAGAGUACUCGAAACACGACUUCGGGCGAUCAUAGAGUUGCCAUUUAAUCAGUGCGGCAUUGUGAAAGGUACCGGUACUGCUGACGCCAUUCAUAGUGUACGGAUAGUGAUAGAGAAGUAUAGAGAAAAGCGAAGAGCUCCAUGUGGCUUUCCUGGAUAUGGAGGAAGCUUUCGACAAGAUAGCGGCAGGCAGUCAAAACCAUUCCGCAUAAAGACCGGACAUCAGGGAUCGGUGCUCUCUCCUCUGCUCUUCAUCGCAGUCAAGGACGCAGUGACGGAAGGUCUCAAGCGACAGCCUCCACGGGCGGUCCUCUAUGCAGAAUGUGGUGUCGAUGGCAGAAAACAGAGAAAAACUUGA